AUGAUAUACAGCAAAUCGCGAAGUGCUGUUUUCGACGAAAAUAUCACCAUAUUUGUGCUAUGCUUCGGUGCAGUAGCUGCCAAGGUGAUUCGCAGUUUCAUUUUGUGUACUGACGUGGACUUCGUGGAACAAAUUUCUCAAUCUGCUAAGGCAACAAACCGGUUGAUAGUGGGACAUAUGAGUCGAAGUGAACUCGUUUUAUGGGACUGGAUUUAUAUGGGACCAAUAGCGCUUAUGCUCAAUCAGAACUUUUUCUUCGUAGGUUCACGACUGUUGGUUCGACUGGUCAAUCUUCAUUGUACUCAUAUUUUUUGGGCGACCAUGUCGAACUUGGAGAAGAUUCAGAAGCGCUGCGCUUUUGUUUUGCCGAAGAAAGGUCGGAACUGUCGCAUGCUAACUCGAGAGGGACAGAAAUAUUGCGGAGAACAUGCUAAUUUUCAAGAAGAUAAUGAGGACCGUAUACCAUGUCCCAACGAUCCCAAGCACACAGUUGGAUCGUCGUGUACUUCAGCAGCAUCUUCUGAGUCACGAUUUUUUUUUGAAUUUUCAUCUUGUCCAAUGCGGAAGUGUAAUCGUUCAAGGUGUAACUCCCGCAUAGUAGAGGAGCAAUGGAUUGUGAAAGACGUGAAUGCGAUGGUAGGAGAAACGAAGUUCACUGCGAAAAUUGACAGAAGGCCAAGCGAAGAGGAGAUCGCUCGUACCAUAGAGAAGCUCCAACGUUGUUAUAGCUCCAUCUGCCACGAACUGGCAGUAGACCAGGCUCAUUGUGUAGAAGUUGAUGAACAUCUUGAACAAGCUUGCAACCUUUCUGAGAGUAAGCGCAAGCAUCUUAUCCAGCAGAGUUCCAUAAUAGGUCAUCUGGAGCGCGUUGGUCUUCUAAGAAAUGAUUCCUCUGCUUGUAUUUUGGAACUUGGUGCAGGUAAAGCGCAUCUUGCUUACUGGAUGAUGAAGAGAGCUCCUCUGUCGAAGUUUCUUCUUGUUGACAGGAGCGGUGCUAGGAACAAAUACGACAACAGAGCUCUCCAAGAAAACCCUUCGUUGAAUAUAAAGCGGUUGCGGUGCUCCAUUGAGCAUCUUAAUCUGGCGGAAGUGGAGAUGCUGAAGGAUGUGUCAAAUCUGUGCGCCGUCUGUAAGCACUUCUGUGGCACUGCGACUGACGCCGGCAUUCGAUGUCUGUCGAAUGGUAUGCGCAGUGGGCUCAGUCUUGACGGCUUCGUUUUGGUACCUUGUUGCCAUCACAAAUCUCGAUACGUUGAGUACUCCGGGCGAGAGUUCUUAGCUCUAUGGAAUAUGGACAGCGAAGGUGAUUUCGCUGCCUUACGUCAUAUUGCUACAUGGGCUGUUUGUGGAUUUGGCAAGGUGAAUGCUGUCCGAGAAUCUGGAGCAGAUGUUUCCACCAUCGAUCAGCACACCCACGAAUCCGUUGGCGAGGAUGGUGCAAUGGAUCACAAUGAACGCCAGCCUUUUAUCAAAUCGAGCUCCUUAGAGAACGGUACGGGCGAUGCGGUGAUGACCCCUUGGUAUGUUCCUAUGGUAUUGCCUUUCUCGAUAAUGUUAGACGACACGAAUUUUAUGAAACAACUUGAGCGUUUUGAAAGGCCUCAAGUAGAAAUCUAA